GAGUGAGUGAAUGAGUUCCAACUCAUGGUGGUGCAGGGGCUGAGCAGCAGGCAAGAAAAUAUGGAAGUGGAUGUUUCCAAGUUUAACAUUGACGCUCCAAGAUGGGAUCAGAUUACCUUCACUGGUCGCUUGAAGCACUUCUUCAACAUUACUGACCCCAGGACGGUGGUUGUGUCUGAGCAAGAGCUGGACAGAGCUAAGGUGCUUGUUGAGGCUUGCAGAGCAGGCGGCACUCCACCGGGCACCAGCAUAGAACAACUGCACUAUGCCAAGAAGCUGUACGACUCUGCCUUCCACCCUGACACCGGAGAUAAGAUGAACCUGAUCGGAAGAAUGUCUUUCCAGGUCCCAGGAGGAAUGGCAAUCACUGGCUGUAUGCUGCAGUUUUACAGGACUGUUCCCGCUGUGGUGUUUUGGCAAUGGGUUAAUCAGUCGUUUAACGCACUUGUAAAUUAUACCAAUCGGAAUGCAGCAUCUCCCAUCACACUUGGGCAGAUUGGAGUUGCCUAUGUGACGGCUACCAGUACGGCUCUGGCCACAGCAGUGGGCCUUAAUCUGUACACCAAGAAAGCACCACCACUUAUUGCUCGCUGGGUUCCUUUUGCUGCUGUUGCUGCUGCCAACUGUGUGAACAUUCCUAUGAUGAGGCAGCAGGAGAUAAUUAAUGGAAUUGCUGUUACAGAUGAAAACGACAAGAAGCUGGGACACUCAAGAAAAGCUGCAAUCAAAGGGAUUAGUCAGGUGGUAGCCUCCAGAAUUGCAAUGGCUGCACCCGGGAUGAUCCUCCUGCCGAUUUUGAUGCAGAAGUUGGAGUCUUUCCCCUUUAUGAAAAAAAUCCGUUUCCUUCAUGCUCCCUUGCAAGUUACAUUAGCCGGUGGUUUCUUGCUGUUCAUGGUUCCUGUGGCCUGUUCAUUGUUUCCACAGCAAUGUUCUAUGGCUGUUAGUAGUCUGGAACCAGAGCUUCAAGAUUCUAUCCGUAAGGAGCAUGGAGACAGAAUUAAGUAUGUUUACUUUAACAAAGGAUUAUAACCACUGGACAUGUAGAGCAGAAUGUAUCUAAACCCAAGAAUCAGCUUUAUUCAGAGCCAAGACCAAGUCUGUGUUCUGCCUGCCAAGGAAGUUUUAAUUCUCUUAGGAGCUGCAUAUAGCUUUUGGUUUUUUAUUUUCUGAA